UAGCAACUAGACUUUCACAUCUGCUCUGAAUAGCUCUGCUCUGCUCUGCCUAAGUUCUCCGCUCCAUGUAACAAGUCCCCUCGAUCGCAUCCUUCCGACAACCUGCGCGACAACCUAUGCAACCGAAGUACGCAAUAUGACCGCUAGAAUAUCCAACAAUUACGGCCUGCUGGAUCAGGCUGAAGAAGAUGAAAUCCACAAAUCACGACCAUAUGCUAUUGAGACCAAGCCCUUUACGAGAAUCGCAAGCCGACUGUUGCAGCCUACGUCGCUGAUCAAUCAACCGCCCGCUCAUCUGCCGACUCCACCUCCAGACGGCAACACACUUGACGAAGAGGCCGCGGCGAAAACGGCAGACCGGCAGCAAAUCGAGGAGCAGCGAAGGAUAUGGAGAGAAGAAUGCAUGCUUGAUUUUGCAGCCUUUGAAAGUAGCAUUGUGCGCAUUCAACUUCUUCACAAUAGUAAUGAAGUAGAGAGGGCGCGUUACGCGGCUGAGAAGCUGAAGAUCCAGGAGACCAUGCAAAGAGUCAGGGACAACACAACAGAACUUCACGUUCAACUCGAAGAAGCCCAAAACAAGCUUACACUUCGCAAGACUUACGAUCAGCUAGCUGACAAGAUUCUGAGUAAUCGCAUGCUAAAGCCAAGAGAAGAUCAACAUGUCCAGUUGGAGAAGUUGAAUUCUGAGAUUGCUGAACUGGAGCGCGAGAAAGAGCAGUAUGCGGAGACAUGGACCGAACGGCGUAACCAGUUCAAGAGGAUUGUGGAGGAAGGCAAGAAUAUGCUGCGUAUUAUCCGUGACGAGAAAGAAGAGGCUGAGCGUAAGGAAGGUAUGGAGGGCGGCGAUGACGUAGACGACGGUGAGGGUAGUACAGUACGUGGAGAAAUAAGCCGAAUGGGUACGCCAAAACCUGAUGGUGCUGUUACUCCCAUGCAUAAGAGCAAUAAUGGAGAUGAGAGUUCAUCACAGCUUGCUGUACCUAAAUCUCAACACGGCAUGUCAGGAUCGCCCGCUCACACAAGGAGCACAGAUUUGUCACCUGUGGGACCAGAAGAGAAAGAUACCCAUGAUACAGACAUGACCAAUAGCGAAGGAGAGAUUGAGGAGGGCGAGGCAGAUGUUGACUCUGAUAUCGGCGAGGCUAUGGUCACAGAGUAGGAAUUUCGCUACUAUCAUCGUCCAUUGCAUAGCGCGGUGUCGGGAUUUGCAUGUUUUACAUUCGUGUGGGUAUCUAUCAUCUACCUUUUCCACCAUCAACGUACUCUGCGAAAUCAUCUAUACCCGGAG